AUGUCUCGAGCAUAUUAUGGUGAUAAAAAACAACAACAUAAUAAAUAUUCAUAUUUAUUAGUUGAUAUCAAAAGACAAAAUUCCAAUGUAGCACUUGUUCAACUUAAUCUACCUAAAACAUUUAAUUGUCUAUCUAAUGGUCUAAUAAAAGAGUUGGCUACAUUAUUGGAACCACUUGAUAAUGAUGAUAAAAUUGCUUGUAUUUUUCUUACAGAUGGUACACGUGCAUUUGCUUCGGGUACUGAUAUCAAAGAAAUGCAGAACAAUACAAUAACGCAAAUUAUUCAUUCAGAUUUUUCUGAAAAAUUGUCAGCAGUAUCAAAAAUCAAAAAGCCAAUUAUUGCUGCUGUCAAUGGUUUAGCAUUAGGUGGUAGUUGUGAAUUAUCUAUGCUGUAUAAUAAUCUUAAUAAUACUUUUUUCUAUCUUAUUUUCAAAGGCGCUAAUGCCACUCAACGUUUGUCUCGUUAUGUCGGCAAAUCAAAAGCAAUGGAAAUUAUAUUAAAAGGCAAUCGAAUCAGCACUCAAGAAGCUGAACAAAUUGGUUUAGUCAAUACUGUUUUUCCAGCCGAUAAACUUGUUGAAGAGGCUAUUAAAACAGCUGAAUACAUAGCUAGUUACUCGAAAAUUGUUGCACAAUUAGCAAAAGAAUCAAUCAAUAGAGCAUUUGAAACAACCUUGACGGAGAGUAAUCAAUUCGAACGAUUCAAAAAUCUUCGUUAUCGUACGAUAUUUGGUUUGUUAAGUAUUCUGUUCUAUUUUCUUUAUAGUGAUUGUAGUAUUCAAACUGAUCAAUUUGUUAUCGAAGAUGAACAACAACAUCAUCAAACUAUAAUUCAUUUCAACAAUCUAAUAAUAGAUGUAAACAAAGGUACUGAAGUUGCAUCACCUUCGACAAAUAUAAAUACAACUAGAGAUGGACAAAUUUAUAGAACAUUCAAAUUUCCAUUUCUUCGUCUACCAAUCAUAACUGACAAUAAACCAUAUGAUUUGAACAAUAUUACAUGUGCCAAGUGUCAAUCACCUUUGAAGAUCAUUGCUGAAAAUCAAACUUUUAAAAUUGUUCAACAGCAAAAUGCUAAUGCUGAUGAUAUAAAUGAAAUCAUGUAUUGUCACAGAUUUUGUGAAGCUCAUCAACAUGAACAUAAACAUCAUCAUCAAUAUCAAUUACCUGUUCCUCUUGAUCUUCAUUCUGAGUUGAUUAUACUUGAAACUAUCGAAUGUUUGACUAUUGGCAAAGAAUAUUCAUCUUCAGAUUUAAUUCAUAAUGAACUUGUUCAAUGUAGUCAUUGUUCUUCAUGUCUUGGAUCAUUUGGUAUGUUAAAUUCAGCAUUCUCAUUACUUGAAACUUCUAUUUAA